AUGAAAUAAUUAAAGCAAAAUUAGACUGAAUGUUUGACUAAGUUAGAAAGAGAAAAUAUUAAAAACAAACUUAGAUGGUUGAUUUUCAAUUACAAUAAUAAGAAAUAAUUUAUUAACAAAGAUAAAUAAAAGAAUUAGAGUUCAACCAACAUUCAUGACAACUCAAAAAUUAGUUUACAAUUAAGAGAAACUAAUAUUAUUAAUGUAAAAAUAGUAAGUAAAAAAUGGUUACUUCAUAAGAGUAAGUUUCAAUAAUAAGUUCCUCUCUCUUAGAUACCUCCAUCUGUUAUUAAACCAAAGAUUCGACUAAAAUUAUUUGUGAAUAGUUAAUAAAUACAAAAUCAUUGA